AUGGCUCAAUACAAGUUUGAAGGUGAUUUUGAAAAUAUAACUGAAACGCAAUUGGAUUUUAUUAAUAAAGUGGUACAAGAACAGAAUUUAGAUGUCGAUAGAGUCGUGUUUCUUCCUGUUGGAAAACCUGGUGAUAAUUUUGGAUCAAACGUGAAAAGAAUUAGUAUAGAAGGUAAGAAAGGAAUCAUGAGAAUGAUUGUCAAAAUAGCACCGACAGAUGAAGUUCAACGCCAGAUGUCCUUAACUGAAAUUCUAUUUAAAAAUGAACACUUCAUGUAUAUGAAAGUGCUACCAAAAUUUUUGUCUCUACAACGACAUACACUUGACCUGCAAACACCAGAGGAAGACAUGCUACGAUUCGCAAGAUGUUACGGAUCUUUCACUGAAGCACCCAACGAGGUCAUAAUUUUGGAAGAUUUAUGCGAAUCGAAACACGUAAUGUUGGACAAGUUUCAGCCACUGACUUCUGAAUGUAUGCAGAGUGUCCUAAAGUCCUUAGCAGCUUUUCAUACUCUUUCGUAUGCAUUGAAGCAGCAAGAACCAGAAACAUUUGCUUAUUACAAAAGUGAAUUAGUAGAUGUGUGGGGUCUAAUGGCUCACAAUCCAGAAUUCAAAACGCAUACUGAAACUUUUAUAGGAGUAAUCCAGGCAAUACUAGAUGGUGAUGAUAAUAAAAAAGUAGUGAAAGAUAAACUGUCUGAUAUAGUUCAGCUAAUAAUCAAAUUAGCUAAAUGGGAACAGAAUAAUAAACAUUCUGUGAUUCUUCAAGGUGAUGCGUGGACAAACAAUAUCAUGUUCAAAAUUUGGGAUGACAAAGUUCAGACAAUCAUGAUCGAUUUCCAAGGAUCAGCCAACAGUAACCCAAUGGUGGACGUCCUCUACGCAAUCUUCAACUGCAGCGAUAGGAAUACCAGAGCACGUCACUACUACGUCUGGUUAGACUACUACUAUUUAGAAUUAGACAAAUCUUUAUCAAACUUUGGUCUGAAAUCCAAUUACAUCUAUCCGAGAGACCAAAUGGAUGCGGAUAUGAAGAGAUACGGAAAACUUAUAUUUGGAAUGUCAGUAAUGUUAGCUAAUAUUCUAAUGAGGGAUACAAAUGAGGCAUCAGAACUUAUGGAAGCAAUGAAUACUACAACUGAUAUGAAUGAACUAAUGGAGUCUAUGGGAAACCAAACAUUAAACCAUGAAACUAUUCUCCGCGUUAGGAGCAAAAUAGAAGAACUUAUUGAUUGUUUUACUCAUUAUGGAUUAAUUUAA